UCAUUGAGAACUCCCAGAAGGACAGUGUAAAUGAGUGCGAUGAAAUGAGAGCCGUCAUGCAGGCAUAUUCAAAGAAGCGAGAGAUCAGUGCACAGGAGUGUGUUGCUCGUGCAUGUGGUCUUCACAUGAAGCAAUGUUCACGUGCUGUAAUAUUCAUACCAACUGAUGAUAAUCCAGUGAAAAUGAGUCGUCCCCUGUCAGUUCUGGACAACACAACACCUGAGUCUUCCAAUGUUUGGAUGACAUCUUUGAAUGACAAAUACAAAGCCAGACCUGAAACUCCAGAGUAUGAGGAGAUGUGCAUGGCAGACUUUGCUGCUACUUGCAGGAUUGUCUAUGGCCAACAGACAAAAGGUAAAGAUGUUUUGCCCCUUCUCAAUGAGAUGGGAUUUGUGCAAAGGCGCAAAAACGAUAAGCCUGCUAUCAUCAGAUUUCACCGCUGCUCACAAGAAAAACAUCCAGAGCAAUAUUACGGAAGACUGCUUAAACUGUACCUUCCUCAUCGUUCAGACCAUGAACUGAAAACACCAUCUUUGCCAACCUAUCAGGCUUUCUAUGGUGCUGGCUGUGUACAGCUACCAGGUACUGACCGUCUUGAGUAUGUGCAACACAUUGUCAAAAGAAACAGAGAGAAAUAUGAGAAAAACAGUGAGGAGAUCGAGAGCGCUGUUGAGGAAUAUGAGCAGAACAGAGGUGUGACUGACGAAUGGUGUAAUCUGGCACCUGAAUCAGAUCUUGUAAGGUUGCCACUUGUUGAACAAGAAAGAGAGCGAGACAAUGAAAAUGAACAGGAAGAUGUGCCCGACUACAGUCGUCAGGCUGAUGCUUCAACAGAAGUCAGAGCCAUCAGGGAACCCCCUGCUAUUGAUCCCACAUUGUUACGUCAGAUGUUUCAGAAUCUGAAUAAGAAGCAAGCCUGCAUAUUUUAUGCAGUUAGAGACUGGUGCAUUAAGAGAGUCUGUGCUCUAAAUCCAGAGCAGUUUUUCUUUUAUAUUAAUGGUGGUGCUGGAACAGGAAAAUCACAUCUUAUCAAAUGCAUCUACUCAGAAGCAUCUAAGAUACUGAGCAAAGUGCCCAGAUAUGCAGACGACGUUGACAUAUCAAAACCCACUGUCCUGUUAACUGCUUUCACUGGGACUGCAGCAUUUAACAUUUCUGGAACAACACUGCAUUCUCUACUCAAGCUCCCUAGAAGCUUAAAACCUCCCAUUCUGGGACUUGGCAAUCAGCUGGAUGAAGUCAGAUCAGAACUUUUGAAUGCUGAAAUAAUCGUCAUUGACGAAGUGUCUAUGGUGUCAAGACAUCUCUUUGCAUAUGUAGAUGCAAGACUCAAACAGAUCAAAGGGACUCGGAGACCCUUUGGAGGCAUGUCAGUCAUUGCUGUCGGAGACUUCUAUCAGCUACCCCCAGUGCGACAGUCUAAACCUCUCUGUGUGCACGACCCGUCCGAGAUCGACCUGUGGCGGGAGCAUUUUCAGAUGAUCACUCUGACUGAGAUUAUGCGUCAGAAAGAUGAUGUUGUCUUUGCUGAGAUGCUGAACAGAAUCCGUGUGAAAGGAAAGUUGGAUGAGCUUUGCGAAGCAGAUAGAAAUUUGUUGUCACAGGCCAUAACUGAACCAGCCCUUUGUCCGACUGAUGCGUUGCACAUUUUUGCAACUAAUAAAGAAGUGGAUGCGCACAACUCUGCAACACUGGCUCUGCUCCAUACUCAUAUCAUUGACAUCCAUGCAGAUGAUUAUAGAAAGGAUCCUAGAACUGGCAGAAUGGCACUACAAGACAGACCAUUGAAAGGAGGUAAAAAUGAGUUACCAGACACACUGAAAGUUGCAGAAGGAGCUCGUGUCAUGCUCACCAGAAACAUUGACAUACAAAAUGGUUUGGUUAAUGGAGCUUUUGGAAAACUACUUAGAGUAGUUCACUCUGAAAAUGACCAACACAUCAUCAAGCUUGGACUUAAAAUGGAUAAUGAAACAUCUGGAAAGAAUAACCGCACACCAGCAGACGACAUGGUGUACAUUGAGAGAGCAGAGAAGAAUCUAAAGCAGAAAGGAGUGGUACGAAGACAGUUCCCAGUGAAGCUGGCCUUUGCAUGUACAAUACAUAAGGUACAGGGUAUGACAACCACAUCAGCUGUUGUCUCUCUUAAGAGCAUUUUUGAGCCCGGCAUGGCCUAUGUAGCUGUCAGUAGAGUGACGUCUCUCAGUGGACUGUAUCUUCUUGAUAUGGAGGAGAAAAAAAUAUUCACCAACCCAGAAAUCACUGCAGCGCUUCAGAACAUGAGACAAGCCAACCUUGAUGACAUGAUGCCUCUUCUACACGUGAGACAAACACUGAGCAGGUUGAAGCACCAGUCAGUGCUCUGAUUGCAGUUGUAUACAGACCUCCAGACUACACUCUGAGGCCAUUCCUGAAAAACCUGGUGUUUCCCUCUGUGAUCCAUCCCCUUCAGAGCUGAGACACUCAGGACUGAACAGACUGCACAGUUUCUGUGACUGAGCCUCCAAAACACCUUCUUUGAAACCACACAUGAUAGAAGGGCUUUAUAUUUGCAGCAGCACUACUAAAGGUAUUCAGUUUAUUACAGGAUGUGUUUGUUUCUUAGGACCAGCUCUAAGUGCACACUA